UGCUGUGCUAUGUAUGAGCAGCGGGCUCUGGCCAUGAAAAUGUUUCCUGAAUGAUGUAACCUAAAAUUCCCCUUCCUGUGCCUCUUGUUUCCUGAUCAGUUCUCUCAUUGUUCUUGAAGACAUUCCAGCAGCUGCGUAUCUUGUACUCCUACUCUUUUAUUCCUACAAAUCUCUGGGAAGACAAGUGAUGUCAACAGCUGCUUUAAUUAAUUUGGUUAGAAACGGAGGGUAUCAAGCAAGGAGGAGAGCCCUGCUGACAUCCCGCCUCUUGCAAGACGAGAAGCGCCCGACAGCCGUGGGCUACAGCUCCGUCUCUGAGCGCCGGGCUUCCCGCUUCGAUGCCGACGGCAGCGGGCGCCCCGCCACAUGGGACACCUUCGGCAUCUGGGACAACCGCAUUGACGAACCCAUUCUCCUCCCGCCGAGCAUUAAGUAUGGGAAGCCGAUCCCAAAUGUCAGUCUGACCAACGUGGGCUCCGCUAGCCAUAUCGGGAAGCGGAAGGAAAACGAAGACCGGUUUGAAUAUGCUCAGCUGACAGACGACAUCCUCUACUUUGCAGUGUAUGACGGACAUGGUGGGGCAGCAGCAGCUGACUUCUGUGAUAAGUAUAUGGAAAAAUACAUUAAAGAAUUUCUUACUCAGGAUAAAAACUUGGAAAAUGUUUUGAACAAAGCUUUUCUAGAAAUAAACAAGGCAUAUGAAAACCAUGCUCAUCUGUCUGUUGAUGCAACUGUGAUGAAUGCUGGCACCACUGCAACAGUGGCUCUGCUCCGGGAUGGGAUUGAGCUGGUUGUGGCAAGUGUGGGAGACAGCCGUGCACUGCUGUGUCGAAAGGGGAAAGCCGUGAAACUCACCAUUGACCAUACUCCAGAAAGGAAGGAGGAGAAAGAAAGGAUUAGGAAGUGCGGUGGCUACGUUGCCUGGAACAGCUUGGGACAACCACAUGUGAAUGGUAGACUAGCAAUGACACGGAGCAUAGGAGAUUUGGAUCUUAAAAACAGUGGAGUGAUAGCCCAGCCAGAAACAAAACGGGUUCAGCUGCACCAUGCGGACGACAGCUUCCUGGUCCUUACUACGGACGGCAUUAACUUCAUAGUGAACAGCCAGGAGAUCUGCGACUUCAUUAACCAGUGCCAUGACCCAGCUGAAGCAGCCCAUGUGGUAACUGAGCAGGCAAUACAGUAUGGCACCGAGGACAACAGCACCAUUGUCAUAGUGCCGUUUGGAGCAUGGGGUAAAUACAAAAACGGCGACAUCAACUUCUCCUUCAGCCGCAGCUUCGCCUCCAGUGGGAGAUGGGCAUGAUGGCACAACUGUCUUUUCCUGCAAUAAUCUGGACACAGAGUACCACAGCAGAACAAAUCCGUCUGUUCAUAGGU